UAUUGUGUAACUAGGACUUCUUGUUUUGCAUAGUUGGCCACAUGUUUUACUGUAAAUUAAAAAAGCUUCAAUGAGUCUUUAUAAACAUGCACAAGCAUGACACGUAUGCAUUUGUCUUACUGGGAUGGGUGUAGUGUGAUCUUACUGUAUAACUCACUCUGAUGUCUUAAGUACUUUUGAACUCAGUACCUCGAUCAAGUAUAAGCGCUCGACCAUCACCCAACUCCACCCGAUAUCCAGAGACGUCAUUUACUAGAGUACACUGCAUCUUCAUUCACAGAAAACUUAGCCUGGGGCAUUGGAAAACCUCUUGUUGGACAAAUCAAGUACUCAAUCUGCAAAACUAAGAGUGAAAAACGCCUUUUGACCAACUAAAGUAUAACUGAAGCAUCAUGGCGCGUGAAGAUGACUACUGCUCCAUCAUGACUGGUCUGAGUGAGCUUGACUUUCAAGGACAAGCGGUCCCUAGUGAUCUUGUGUUGAUCGGUUCUGAUGCCUUUCCACUUGCCAUGAAUCCAAGAGGUCAAGUUCUGAUGGCUGCAUCUCGUUACGGUCAGGGACGUGUGGUGGUGUUGGGACACGAAGACUACUUGACCCGUUUCCCCAACCUGAUAGAGAAUGCCCUGAUGUGGCUCAUGCCAUGUACCGGUGAUGCCAGCAUUGUAGGGAUUCAGAAGAAUUUAGGAAGAGUAGCUGAAAACUUCCGCAAUUCGUCUAUCAGCACCGAGCUUGGAGAUUUUCGGGAGGGAUUGGCUGUAUAUAUCACAGAUGCUUACAGCGUUGAUGCUUGUGCAAAGGAUUUGAUUGCUUUUGUCAAAGCUGGGGGCGGUUUAAUUAUUGCUGGCCAAGCAUGGCACUGGUCUUACUCUCAUUCAAAGGAGGAUGUUUUUCUGAACUUUCCUGGAAACAAGGUUUGCAGCGUCGCAGGAAUUUACUUUACGGAACACCAAGGAGAACGUGGCGUAUUCCCUGUUCCUUCAAAUAUCCCAUCUAGUUGGCUUGCUGUAUCAAUCGUCAAGGAUUUUAAGAAUGAUCUAGAAUUCCUGCUGAAAGAUGUGCCUCAGUUUGACAUCCAAGGUGGGGCUGUGGCUUCUGAGCUGAUGGUGCAUGGAUUAUUAUCAUUUCCUAUUGCAGUCGCUCCACCAGGAAAAGUAUUCAUUGCCGGUGCCUACUAUGGACAAGGACGGGUAAUUGUGUUAACCCAUGAAGGCUACCUGGGCCGUGAAUCUCUGUCUACUUUCCUGAUUAAUGCUAUCAACUGGCUUGAUGAGGGGCGUAAAGGCAUUAUUGGGAUCAGUCCCAACCUUGGAGGAGCCCAAAAGAUACUGACCAAAUCCGGUCUGAACUGCCAGUUAACAAACUUGAGAAAAGAUCUCAGUGUCUACGUCUGCACUUCCUACAGUGAUGCCGAGUGUAAAAAGAUCCAAGAAUUUGUGGCAGAAGGUAGUGGUCUUCUGAUCGGAGGUCAUGCCUGGCAUUGGGCCCAGACAAACCAUGGCCGCAAUGUGAUGACUGAAUACCCAGGAAAUCGCAUUCUUAACAAGAUGGGACUGAGUAUUUUGGGCAGCACUGUGAAUGGAGGAUUAUACAAAGCCCCAGAUAUCAAGGAGGGCUUUAAAGAUAUGUACCACUUUCGUAAUGUACUGAGACAGUUUGGGAAACAUGUAACCAAGGGGCAAAAUCUUGCUCCUCAUGUAGAGGGUUCCCUGAAACAACUUGGCAAUGACUGUACCAAAUACCUUGGUAUGCGUACACAUGACUGUGCUUCUUAUAGUUCAAUGGUAACUCAUUUUACCGACAUGGUGAAGGAGAUUGGUGUUCCACAGGUGUGUAGUACGUGCCCUAUUAAAGCCCCCAAAGACUACCUUAUGCUCCAAAUUGCGACUGAACUUUACAAAACCAUGUCUGACCCUGAUGCACUCCUGCCAUACAUCAUUAAGGAUAUACCUGACCUGCCCACUGUGACUGAUGCAAGAGUUCGUAUUAGUGCUGACACUGGUGGUUCUGAAGCAUGGAUAAGCACAGGCUUGUAUCUUUCUCCUGGUAUGAGGACACAGAUGGUAAUACCUCCAGAGCUCAUUGGGAAAAACUGGAAGGUCCAGAUUGGUUGUCACACAGAUAACAUUGGGGCCGCAGAUGUUUUGAGACGAGCUCCUGUGGUCCAUGAGCGCUUCUUGUUGGACAAUGAAAUGGUCCAGAUCUGUAAUCUAUGGGGAGGGCUCAUCUACCUAGUUGCACCUCCCAAAACCAAAGUGGAUGGGGUGGAAAUUGUGGUGCAGACUGCUGUACAGGCUCCAUACUUCAAGUCUGGAGAGACCAGUGUAGCUGACUGGGUCGGUGGGAUCCGUCAGGCGCCAGCACCCUGGGCGGAGCUUGAGUUUGAGAACCUCAUCAUCACAUUACAUUCAGAUGUGAUACGGAAUCUGGAUCAUCCUGAUGAGGUGGCGAAACUUUGGGAUUUAAUAAUGAGAGGCAUAGCUGACCUGGCAGCAAUACCUCAUAAGUUUCCCCGCAAGGAGCGAUUUGUUGCAGAUGUUCAGAUCUCUGUCGGCUUUAUGCAUGCUGGAUAUCCCAUCAUGAUUCAGUCCAGCUCCGCCCCAGAACUGAUAAAUCCAGAAAAUGCCCGUAAAAAGGGUAUGUGGGGAUUUAUACAUGAGCUUGGUCAUAACCAGCAGCGUGGAGUUUGGGAGUUUCCUCCACACACAACUGAGUGCACCUGCAACCUGUGGUCAGUGUAUGUGCAUGAGGAGGUGCUUGGUAUCGACAGGGCUACUGCUCACCCAGGCAUGGCCCUAGAUGGUCGCCAGGCUCGUGCCAGAGAUUAUGCCAAAGGUGGCAAAGAUUUGAAAAAAUGGAGCAUGUGGACAGCACUGGAGACUUAUAUGCAGCUUCAAGGCAAAUUUGGCUGGGAUGCUUUCAAGAAGGUUUUUGCUGCCUAUCAUGUCAUGACUGGAGUGCCCAAUAACAAUGCAGGGAAGAUGAAUCUGUACGCUGAGACCUUCUCUAAGGUGGUGAACAUGAAUCUGUCGUCCUUCUUCAAAGCCUGGGGUUGGCCGAUCGAGCCCAGCACUGAGCAGAAGAUCUCUCAUCUCCCCGAGUGGAGCGACCAUCCUAUGAAGCAGGAUAAAUAAGACACCUGAGAGAGUUUUAAUAAUUACAGGGUGAAAUCUGAUUAAAAUAAGACAAAAUAGAUUAAUAUGGGUUAAUAGAGAGCUGCAUGUAUGAAAACUUUUUGUAGGCUAAAACCUGGACCGGAGUUAUCAUUUUAGCUCUUCCAGUUCUCAUGUCCCAAAGUCAGUGUGUUUUUGGUUAAACGCCAUAAAUAAGAUCUGUGGUUAACACAAGCUUAGGAUAUAUUUACAUGUUUUAUUUUUUUUUAAACAAAACACACCAGUAACUUGUAAUUUUUACAAAGUUUAUAAAGUUUUACAUGUCUUUAAAAAGGUGGUUGCUAAAUCGCUACAUGAGACAGAUGAUGUAAAUAGCACAAUUCCCAAACUAUGUUUAUCUAUUAUCCAAACUAUAGUUGUGUUCAUUGUUAAGAUUAUCUUGAUGAUCAAAACGUGUAAAUAUCAUAAACUUUUGUUGAGCACAUGCAGAGCUUAUUUUUAAAAUGUGAUCCAAAGCCUAUGAAAAAAUUACACAGAUUUUUGUAAUGGGGAUCCAUGUGAAGCUAACCUCCUGGGUUGGCUUAGAAACAUAUGUCAUCCAUGCAGCUCUCUUUAGGUUGUUUUAAAAUAUUGUAUAAUUUGUCUUGGUGGGUUUGGUGGUUAUCUUGGUUUUUAAACAUUAGAUUAGUUUAGUUUAUUCAUUUCAACAGUCUUUGUUGUAUCUCUAGGAAAUUGAUAUAAUUUAAGAUAUGAACAAAAACUAUAUCUAUAUACACUUAAAACUCAGCCUGUUUACAUAAGCGUUGCUCUUUGGAAUGAUAUGUGUUUGGAAAAUUGUUGAAUUGCCCACUGCAAAAUGGAAAAAAAGGGGGUGACAACAUGAAAACAUUUACCUGGAAGGAAGUCAAACACAGACUUUCAGACACAUCACGUUAAGGGUACAUAGUUCAUUUAAAAGAACCAAACACUUAAAGUAAAUCAGAAAAGGAAUUAACUGAAUGUGACCUUAGUCCUUUUGGUGUAUACAAUAUAGUAGCCCAAUUUCAUAAGAACUCCCAGCUUUCUGUGCAGCUGUUUAUUUUGAUACAAUGUCCAAACGACACGCAAAGUGAACCGAAACCUUUCCAUUUUUACAUCUCAAAAUGAAAUCGAACCACAAAAGAACCCAAAAGCGAACCAUACUCAGACCACCUCCGGAGGUGAUCUGAGUACGGUUCGCUUUUGGGUUCUUUUGUGGUUUGAUUUAAUUUGGGUCCUUCAGGGGGGUCUGAGAUCACUUGGUUUGUUCACUUAUACACCCUGAACUGCUCCGAGAGCAUUUGGAGGGGUCAAACGAACUAGGUGUGAAAACACCCUAAAACUCACCUCCGGGGAAUCCCACUGCAACUAUGACUUUUUGGUAGAUGCAAGUGAUGCUUCAGGUGGAUCGUAAAGACGAAUAUUAGAGUGUAAUUUUUUCUGGAAAAUAGGAUAUUAACACACAACAUAAAUCACUUAGAUGACCUUUAAAGUAGACACAUUCAAAGGUUGGCAUGUUGAAUGGAGCAGGUUUCCAACCCAAGAAAAAUUCCUCUGGGGUGUAAAACUUGUGAAAAAUAUUGAUGGCAAACUAGAAGCAUGAACAAAAAAUUCUCUUUUAACAUAUGGUAAAACUGUAUGUAAGUAAAUAUACAAUUAUUUAACUUUGUGUCCCUCUAGGUCAGUUGGUAGAGCAUUGCACUAACAAUUUAAAAGGUUUUGUUUCCCACUCUUUGUAAGUCGCUUGGGAUAAAAGCGUCUGCUAAAUGCUUGAAUGUAAAUGUAAAUGUUUGACUCACAGGGAACACACAUAAAAAUAAAAGUACCCCUU